AUAGACAAAUCUCCAUUCGUCAGUUUUCGGGUGAGGAGGCAGCGCAGUUUGGUGUUUUAUUGAGCGGUCUCCCAAGAGAAAACUGGAAAAAUGGCAAAAACCAUCUCCAUAAACCAAGCCAACAGGGAGCAUGUCUUGGCGGUAUCCCGCGAUUUCAUCUCCCAACCCCGCCUAACAUACAAGACUGUGUCGGGUGUAAAUGGACCUCUGGUAAUCCUUGAUGAGGUAAAAUUCCCCAAGUUCUCUGAGAUCGUACAACUCAGACUCGCCGAUGGCACCCUUCGUUCCGGUCAGGUGCUGGAAGUCAGCGGCUCAAAAGCCGUCGUCCAGGUUUUCGAGGGAACCUCGGGCAUUGAUGCCAAGAACACCCUCUGUGAGUUCACCGGUGACAUUCUCCGUACACCAGUAUCCGAGGAUAUGUUGGGCCGUGUCUUCAACGGCUCCGGCAAGCCCAUCGACAAGGGACCCCCAAUCCUGGCCGAGGACUUCCUCGACAUCCAGGGCCAGCCCAUCAACCCCUGGUCACGUAUUUACCCUGAGGAGAUGAUCCAGACCGGUAUCUCCGCUAUUGACGUGAUGAACUCCAUCGCCCGUGGUCAGAAAAUCCCCAUCUUCUCCGCCGCCGGUCUGCCGCACAACGAGAUCGCCGCGCAGAUCUGUAGACAGGCCGGUCUGGUCAAGGUCCCCGGCAAGUCCGUCCUUGAUGACCACGAAGACAACUUCGCUAUCGUGUUCGCCGCUAUGGGUGUCAACAUGGAGACAGCUCGUUUCUUCAAGCAGGACUUUGAGGAAAACGGCUCCAUGGAAAACGUGUGCCUGUUCUUGAAUUUGGCCAAUGACCCCACCAUCGAGAGGAUCAUCACACCCCGUCUCGCGUUGACCGCUGCUGAGUUCUUGGCUUACCAGUGUGAGAAACACGUGCUGGUAAUCCUGACUGACAUGUCCUCGUACGCCGAGGCUCUGCGUGAGGUGUCUGCCGCCCGUGAGGAGGUGCCCGGACGACGUGGUUUCCCUGGUUACAUGUACACCGAUUUGGCGACCAUCUACGAGCGGGCCGGACGUGUGGAGGGCCGCAACGGCUCCAUCACUCAGAUCCCAAUUCUGACUAUGCCGAACGACGACAUCACCCAUCCCAUCCCCGAUUUGACCGGGUACAUUACUGAGGGACAGAUCUACGUAGACCGUCAGCUGCACAAUCGUCAGAUCUACCCACCAGUCAACGUGCUGCCCUCCCUCUCCCGUCUGAUGAAGUCUGCCAUCGGCGAGGGCAUGACCCGCAAGGACCACUCCGAUGUGUCCAACCAGCUGUACGCUUGCUACGCUAUCGGCAAGGACGUGCAGGCGAUGAAGGCCGUGGUGGGUGAGGAGGCGUUGACACCCGAUGACCUGCUCUACCUCGAGUUCCUCACCAAAUUCGAGAAGAACUUCAUCACGCAGAGCAACUACGAGAACCGCACAGUAUUCGAGUCCCUUGACAUCGGCUGGCAGCUGCUUCGUAUCUUCCCCAAGGAGAUGUUGAAACGUAUCCCCGCUUCCAUCCUCGCAGAAUUCUACCCCAGAGAUUCGCGCCACUAAACCGACAAUAGCGACAUUCUGGCUAAAACACACUAAAUACACCAUAACCUAUGUAAAAGUAUUGGUGUGAAGUUAGGUGCAAGAUACAUAACCUAACUUUUUAACGUUGCAACCGUACCCCAAUAUUUUUAUAGUUCGCGUUGGAAUGUCGGUUAUAUGUAAGAUAUUAUCUUAUUAGUAAGUUGUUAAUAGUCUAUUUAAAUGUGUAUUUAACGAAGUUACAAAAUUAUAAUGAUUACAAGCCAGCCAUUUUCAGUGUUACUAGUGUAAAUAAAUGGAAUUUAAAUCAGUAUAUUGGUGCUUCAAUGGUUUUGUAGAAUUUAUUUAUCUGUUGUUUUUGUGCACAAAGUUGAAUGUGUAAGGCACGGUCGGCAGAUUAUCUAGAUGUUAUCGGUCUUAACACCAUUCCAACGAACACUAAAGACUUGAUAAUGUUUUUGUUGACCGUACGCUCAGUGUGAUAUUUCUUUAAUGUCUUUCAAACCAAAAUGCAAUAAUCAUGUUGUGAUUUGUCAAUUUAUUAAUUGACGAGUUCUCGUCAGGCAUUGACAAGUUCUAGUCAAAUAUUGACAUGACAAGCUCUUGUCAAGUACAAAAAAUUGACAAUUUACAGCGGAUCUGUAAAUAUCACUGCAGAGUUGUAACAUUGAGUUACAUUCCAAGAUUUCCUCGUUCGCUCUUCAUAUAUUGCUAAAGUGAAUUAGGAUACUGUUGUUUUAUGGAAAUAAAAACUAUAGAAAGUUAA